AUGAGGCUUCUUGCUGUGGAACUUGCGCUCAUGGUCUUUGCACUACACUUCACCACUUCACAAGGGCAGGAUGAGGACCCUCCCCCUUUUACUCCUAGUGGUGACGAAGCCAGUCCUGCAGUCGAUUCCGGUAGUACUGGUGCAUCUGGUGACGAACCGAUUCCGAUAGCACUGGUGAAGGUGGCGGCUCCAGUGACAGGUGGUGCUACGGACUCCAGCGGCACUGAGGCUACCGGAAAUGACACUCCCGGUGGCAGCGACACUACGCAGACCAGUGCUGCCUCUGGAGGUGAAAGUUCUGUGGAAACUGCUGCUCCCGUAGGCAGUUCACGUAGUUCGACUCCAGAAGGGACCAUCCGUGUGGGUGCAGGACGUCACAGACGAAGAUUAUCCAUUCCAGGAAAAGUUCGACGAUCUACCGUAUGA